AACUUUUUUUAACAGUUUGUGACACGAAAAGCCCUAGCGGUAGAAGGGAAAUUGAUCCCUCCGGUAGGUAAUAAAUCAAUGAAAGGAAGAUUUGAGAUUCGGGGAUGUAGUGAAUUGGAAUUGACGAGGAAGGUGUGUGGGUUAUUGUGGUUGCCAGAUGCGGUGGCUAUGAGCUGCCUGGCUCAAUUGUCGAGAUUGGAUCUGGCUGCCGUAGCUAUCGCCUCCAAGGAACACCGGAAUCUGGUAGCGUCCCAUGCUCUCGGACACUUGAGAUGGCGGAUGGGUUGCACGGAGCCAUCUCUGUACGUAUAUUUGCACAUGUUUCCAGAUCCAAGCCCGCAGUGGUUCAUCCUCCACCCCGUGCAACGUCGGCUGAAACGGGUCUUUUCGAGAUUGUAUCCGGCGCCGGAAGCAGGAUCCUGUAUCGUGGCGAGACAUUGGGGAAUCUAUGUUAUAGGUGGACUCGUGAACGGAAAACCCACUUCGGAAGUCACGUUUUUCGAUUGUGUCAAGCACACAGUGAACCGAUUUCCGCCCAUGAAGAUGGCUCGAAGCGGAGCAUCGGCAAGCAUGGCAAACGGGAAGAUACACGUGUUUGGGGGAUGCUGGGAUGUCGCUGAUUCCUCAAACUGGGCAGAGGUGUUCGAUAUCGAGACCAAGACUUGGGAUUUCUUGUUUGUGUUUACGCCCAAGAUGCCCCUCAACAUCCAGUGGAGUGUGGUGACAGACAAGAAGGAGGUUUACGUGGUGGAUGAGGAUGGUGACAACUUGUCCCUUUCACCAGGUAAAUGUGUGUUUGUGGCAACCGGGAAAACAGAUUCUGAGCCACAGUACAGAACCGAUUGGUGUUGCUUUGGGUCGUCAUUCUUUUUCUGCGGUGAUACCCGCGGGAGGAUACUUUGGUGUUUGCCAGAUGACUUGGAUUGGAAGCAAGUCAAGGGUUUAGAAGAGCUCUCUGGUUAUGAUAUCUGCAAACUCUGCUGCAACUCUGCUUGGAGGAUUUUCAUCUUCUGGAAAGCCCCGCUGACUUUGGAGCUUUGGUGUGCCGAGAUUUCCCUGCUGAAAGACGCGAGACCCGAGGAAUGCGAGCUUUGGGGCAAGAUUGAGUGGUCCGGUGCUGUCCUCUCACAUUCAUGUGAGAUCGUGUUAUGGUAUGCGAGUAAUGGCACUGAAUGUGAGCAAGAGAAUAGAUACCUGCCAAGUGACUUGAUUUGUUUUUACUGUCUUCUUCUUCUUCUUCAACUGUGUUCCCCAUUUAUGAAGAUAAGUCCUCCUAAUAAGAACCAAUCGAGAAAGAUAAGUCCUUUUUUGGCUGCGGUCUCCAGUGGGGUUAGAGCACCUGGUAUGGAUGCCCUUAAGGUUUCGUUAGCUAAACCGGACAAAAUAGCACAUGGUGUCUCAGUUUGGGAGUGGUCUGGCUCUGCGCUUGACGAAGGAGAUGAAGCAUCUCAGUGGUUUACAGAUUUUUUUGGGAAGCCUUGUCGACUUUUGAUUCAGCCUCUGAGACUAGACCUGUGGAUCCAAAUUAUGCACCAGGUCACAUUGCGAUGUUCUCAGAUAUGUAUCCAUUCUUGCUUUAUAUCACAGGUGUUUGCUAGAUGGUACAGAGCACCAGAACUUUUGUUUGGUGCUAAAAAAUAUGGUGCUGCAGUUGAUGUUUGGGCUGCUGGCUGCAUAUUCGCUGAACUUCUGCUACGCAGACCAUUUCUUCAGGGAAACAGUGAUAUUGAUCAAUUAAGCCAAAAGCAGAUCAGUGGCCUGAUUUGACAAACCUUCCAGAUUAUGUAGAGUAUCAAUAUGUCUCUGCACCUUCUCUACGCUCUUUACUUCCAGCAGUUAGUGAAGAUGCUCUUGACUUGCUAUGACAAACCGUCCACUAAAGUGAUAUCACCACCACGCAAGCUUAGAAGAGUGAUGCCUGAGCGUGGGAAGCACCCAUGUCUUUAGAUUUAACCAUCCUCGCUGAGCGCCUUCCAAAUCGCCCUACCAUCACCAGAUCACAUUUAAAGAGGAAACUUGACCUCGAGUUCCAAUAAGUAAUGCUCUGGUGAGACCAUAACAUUGUUAAAUUGUCAUAUUUACUGCUGCUUGUGUAUGUUGGCGAUUUAUUAUUUGUUUUUGGCUUAAUUUCAAACCCUAAAUUCACAUUGAUAAUAAUUCAUUGCCCCAUUUGCUUUCUUAUUCAUUGUAAACUGAUCAUCUUGUACUACUACGAUAGUAAAGUUCCUUACUUUUUGUGCACUACAAUAAUAAUAAAGUUCCUUACUUUUUUUGCA